AUGGCGGCGGCGGCGGGGAAUCGCACCUCGUCGUCGGGAUUAUCCUCGGGCAGCAGCGCGGACGCCGCCGCCGCCGUCGCCCCCGCCCCCGGGAGCCUGCAGAGCGGCGCGGGGAGCGUGCCCGGCAGCGGCGGGGGGCUGCUGCGGGCGGCGGGCGGCGGCGGCUGCCGGGAGCAGCGCUCCGACUGGAGACGGAAACAGCUGCGCAAAGUGCGGAGCGUGGAGCUGGACCGGCUGCCGGAGGCGCCGCUCUUCCUGGCCGGCUCGCCGGAGUCCCCCGACCUCUCGCCGCCCCGCUGCCUCGCCGGCGGCUCCGGCCCCGCCAGCCCCGCGUCCUCCCCCGGCCGCUGCGCCGCGCCCCACGAGCCGCUGCCGGACGGGAGCCCCGCAGGAGCCGAGCCCGAGAGGAGGAUGGAGCCGUCUCCCCCUGCCGGUCGUGACAUGGAGAAUAAAGAAACCCUCAGGGGGUUGCAGAAAAUGGAUGACCGCCCAGAAGAGCGCAUGAUCAGGGAGAAACUCAAGGCAACAUGUAUGCCAGCCUGGAAGCAUGAAUGGCUGGAAAGGAGAAGCAGGAGAGGACCUGUGGUGGUAAAACCAAUCCCAGUGAAAGGUGAUGGCUCUGAAAGCAACAAACUAUCAAUAGAACCUCAAGUUGAAGGGCAAAGCAAUGCUUCUUCAGCUCAGAAAGGAAGACGUAGCCCUUCUCCUAGUAGCUCCUCAUCCUCAUCCUCUAGAACUGUUAAAUCAGAAUCACCAGGUGUUAGAAGAAAAAGGGUAUCUCCAGUGCCUUUUCAAAGUGGGAGAAUAACACCACCUCGGAGAGCUCCGUCUCCAGAUGGCUUCUCACCAUAUAGCCCUGAGGAAACAAAUCGUCGUGUCAACAAAGUUAUGCGAGCCAGAUUGUACCUGUUGCAGCAGAUUGGACCUAAUUCUUUCUUAAUUGGAGGAGACAGUCCUGAUAACAAGUAUAGGGUGUUCAUUGGGCCUCAGACAUGCAGUUGUGGGCGUGGAACAUUUUGUAUUCAUUUGCUGUUUGUCAUGCUUCGAGUGUUCCAGUUAGAACCCUCAGACCCAAUGCUUUGGAGAAAGACCUUGAAGAAUUUUGAGGUUGAGAGUUUGUUCCAGAAAUAUCACAGUAGGCGUAGCUCAAGGAUCAAAGCUCCAUCUCGUAACACCAUCCAGAAGUUUGUCUCACGCAUGUCAAAUUCUCAUACAUUGUCAUCAUCUAGUACUUCUACAUCUAGUUCAGAAAACAGUAUGAAGGAUGAAGAAGAACAGAUGUGCCCCAUUUGUUUGUUAGGCAUGCUGGAUGAAGAGAGCCUGACUGUGUGUGAAGAUGGCUGCAGGAAUAAGUUACAUCAUCACUGCAUGUCAAUUUGGGCAGAAGAAUGUAGAAGAAACAGAGAGCCACUUAUAUGCCCUCUUUGUAGAUCUAAGUGGAGAUCUCAUGAUUUCUAUAGUCAUGAAUUGCUAAGCCCUGUGGAUUCUCCUUCAGUUCUCCGAGUGGUUCAACAGCAAAAUCAGCAGCAGCCUACAGGUGGAUCGCAAAGGAGAACACAAGAUAGUAAUUUUAACCUUACUCAUUAUGGGGUUCAGCAGAUCCCUUCCACCUAUAAAGAUUUAGCUGAGCCAUGGAUUCAGGUGUUUGGAAUGGAGUUAGUUGGCUGCUUGUUUUCUCGAAACUGGAAUAUACGGGAGAUGGCACUUAGACGUCUUUCCCAUGAUGUUAGUGGUGCUCUAUUACUGGCUAAUGGUGAAAGCACUGGAAAUUCUGGGAGCAGCAAUGGAAACAACACAAGUGCUGGAGCUCUGGGACCAGCUAGUGGAUCAUCUCAGACCGGUAUCUCAGGAGAUGUUGUAGUGGAAUCCUGCUGCAGUGUGCUGUCCAUGGUCUGUGCUGACCCUGUCUACAAAGUGUAUGUUGCUGCUUUAAAAACAUUAAGAGCCAUGCUGGUUUAUACUCCUUGUCAUAGUUUGACAGAAAGGACAAAACUACAGCGACUUCUCAAGCCAGUUGUAGAGACUAUAUUAGUUAAAUGUGCAGAUGCCAACAGCCGCACAAGUCAACUUUCAGUUUCAACGCUGUUGGAGAUGUGUAAAGGCCAAGCAGGAGAGCUGGCAGUUGGUAGAGAAAUACUUAAAUCUGGGUCCAUUGGUAUUGGUGGUGUUGAUUACAUCUUAAAUUGUAUUCUUGGAACCCAGACUGAAUCGAACAACUGGCAAGCCCUACUUGGACGUCUUUGUCUUAUAGACAGACUUUUAUUGGAAUUCCCCGGUGAAUUUUAUCCUCACAUUGUCAGUGGGGAUGUUUUACAGGCUGACACUGUAGUAGACAGGUAUAAGAAGCUGCUGUCCCUGUUGAAUUUUGCCUUGCAGUCAAUUGAUAAUUCCCACUCAAUGGUGGGUAAAUUGUCUCGGAGGGUAUUUUUGAGUGCUGCAAGAAUGGUUGCAAGAGUACCCCAUGUGUUUGUAAAACUAUUAGAAAUGUUGAGUGUGACCAACUCAACUCAUUACACAAGGAUGCGUCGACGAUUGUUGGCAAUAGCAGAUGAAAUGGAGAUUGCAGAAGCCAUCCAGCUAGGCAUGGAAGAGGUGCAUUCUGUGGCAUGCAGAUGUGAUGACUUUAUGCAGUUAUCUGCCCCAGAUAACUCUCCAGAAACAACACAAAGUAAUACUCCUAACAAUACUGUCCAGUUAUCAGGGAAAAGUGGAAGAGGAUUGGGUGAUAAAAAAUUGAGUGCCGGUCCAGACGACGUUUCUGAGACACUGGCUGGCAUUUCUUUAGGACUUCCUGUUUCAUCAGUAACCACUGAGCAACCAAAGCCAGCCAUUCAAACAAAAGGCAGACCUCAUAGUCAGUGUUUGAACUUUUCUCCCUCAUCCAGUCAUUCCCAGUCAUUAUUCCCAAUAUUGCCCUCUCCCUCAACCCCGUGUGUACCAGUUGGCCCUGUAACAGAUAUGUCUAAAGUCAGACCUCAGGGAUUCAUUCCCUGCAAAAUACCCUCAACUUCUCCUCAAACGCAACGGAAACUUUCUCUACACAUUGAAAGAAACUGUUCUGAAAAUAAAGAACCAGAGAAACUUUCCCCAGUUUUUACCCAGGCCAGAGCUAUGCCAUCCAGUCAUAUACACAGGCCAAAGCCAUCUCGACCUACUCCAGGUGAUGUGAGCAGGCAAGGAGAAGCCUCAAAAACCGAUAUGACACUUGAUCUGAAUGAUAUUUUACAGUGUGACAGCAGUAGCAGUUAUAGUAAUGCAGUUAUACCAAGCGAAGAGACCGUGUUCACACCAGUAGAGGAGAAGAAUAGUCAACUGGAUGUCAAUGCAGAGCUCAAUUCCAGUAUUGAGGACUUACUUGAGGCCUCUAUGCCUACAAGCGAUGGCACAGUUACAUUCAAGUCGGAAGUUGCAGUUCUUUCUCCUGAACGGGUGGAAAACGAUGACACUUACAAAGAUGAUGUAAAUCAUAAUCAAAAAUGCAAGGAAAAGAUGGAAGCCGAAGAAGAGGAGGCUUUAGCUAUUGCCAUGGCAAUGUCAGCGUCUCAAGAUGCCCUACCAAUAGUUCCUCAACUACAGGUUGAAAAUGGGGAAGAUAUCAUAAUUAUUCAGCAGGAUUGCACAGACAUAAGGAGGACACAGUUCCUAGGAAUUCGAAUCAAAUACAGAUACAGACAAGCAGCUGCCAGUACACCGGAAACACUGCCUGGACAUACCAAAGCAAAACAUCAUUACAGAGAAGAUGCGGAAUGGCUCAAAGGUCAGCAAAUAGGCCUUGGAGCGUUUUCAUCCUGUUAUCAAGCUCAAGAUGUAGGAACUGGGACAUUAAUGGCGGUGAAACAGGUGACGUAUGUCAGGAACACAUCAUCUGAGCAGGAAGAGGUAGUCGAAGCACUGAGAGAAGAGAUAAGGAUGAUGAGUCAUCUGAACCAUCCUAAUAUCAUUCGAAUGUUGGGUGCUACAUGUGAGAAGAGCAACUAUAAUCUCUUUAUAGAAUGGAUGGCAGGGGGAUCAGUUGCUCAUUUGUUAAGUAAAUAUGGAGCCUUCAAAGAAUCAGUUGUUGUUAACUACACAGAACAACUGCUGCGUGGCCUUUCUUACCUCCAUGAGAAUCAGAUUAUCCACAGGGAUGUCAAAGGUGCCAAUUUGCUAAUUGACAGCACAGGUCAUAGGUUAAGAAUUGCUGAUUUUGGAGCUGCAGCCAGGUUGGCGUCAAAGGGAACUGGUGCUGGAGAGUUUCAGGGACAGUUGUUGGGAACUAUUGCAUUUAUGGCACCAGAGGUACUGCGGGGCCAGCAAUAUGGUAGGAGCUGUGAUGUAUGGAGUGUUGGCUGUGCUAUUAUAGAAAUGGCUUGUGCUAAACCACCUUGGAAUGCUGAGAAGCACUCCAAUCACCUUGCUUUGAUAUUUAAGAUUGCUAGCGCAACUACUGCUCCGUCAAUCCCCUCACAUCUGUCUCCUGGUUUAAGAGACGUGACCCUUCGGUGUUUAGAACUUCAACCUCAGGACAGACCCCCAUCACGGGAACUGCUGAAACACCCAGUCUUCCGUACUACAUGGUAGCUAAUUAUGUAAAAAUUAUGAUUUACUGAAGAUGCUACUGAAUAUAGAACAAUGCCAAUCUUGCAGUGCAGUUUAGCACUGCAGCAUGUAUUAUUCUACUGGUCUUAAUUAUACAUCAAGGAUUUAAGGCCAGUGGAGGAUCCUUACCUAAGUAUGUGAUUGACAAAUCGAGACCUUUACCUAAGCUCAGUAUGCAACCUUUCACAACUUGUGAAGAAAUAUGUGAACUGUGCCUUUUCAAAGAUCUGGCUCAAGGUGAACAAGAAAUUUUUUUUCUUUAAAUCUGCAUGAUUGUUUAGCAGAUAAGUGAUUUUAUUUUCUUUUGGAGCACUUUUUCAGCAAUAUUAGCAGCUGAGGGGCUCAGGAUCUAUUUUAAUAUUGCAAUCACUGUUCCAUUUCACAUUGUGGUCAUAAGCAGAGGGUUCUGCAAUUACAUUCAGUUUUUCAUCACUGGCUAAAAAGGAAAUUCUGUAUAUGUUCCUUUUAUUUCACAAAGUAUGUUCUCUUAGUGGAGUAAUACAAAUAUGGAUGAAUACUUUUAAAACCAUAUUCUGCCUUCAUGAAAAAUGUGACAAGGCAGCUGUGAUUCACUGUGCAUUUACUGCUGGCCCUGUAAUUUCCUUUUUGAAGUUAUGGUUCUAUACUUUCAUUUUAUUUUACAUUCAGGGAAAGGUGAUCUUUUAAAACAAACAAUCUUCAGAACUAAGUGCAAACUAGAUGUCACUGAAUAUCUUGCUGAUUGAAGAAUACAGGUUUAUUUGAAAUCUGGAAUAAAAAACUGAUAGUUUCAGGCUCUCAUAGUGCAGGUAUUUUUUUAAAAAAGGAAGAUUUCUGUGCAUAAAAACAACUUGUAACCCCAGAUCAUGUUAAAUGUUCGUUUUUGAGCCUAUUUUCAUGUAACAAUUUCUUUUGGUAAACUAUGUAGACAAGUUUCAUGUCAAGAGCCCUGCCCGUAGCUCCCAUUAAAGUUCAUGGGAGUUUUUGCCUGUGAUUUAAGUGGGAGCAGGACCAGGCUCUGGAUUCAAGUCUCUUACUGUGUAACAAAACUGUAUUCAUGUUCACCACUGAUAUUAAGUUUUACCUGCUGUUUUCCUUCUGCUAUACAUCAUCUAUUUACAGUAACAACUGAUUAUGUAAUUUGAAAAUCUGUUUAAAAAUAUGACCUUACCCUAAAAAAAGUCUUGAUUUUAACAAGAAAUGAACUUGGACUUGAAAAGCAAGUUAAGACAAAAUUUGAUGUAAAACUUCACCUGUAGUACAAAACUUGAGUUUUUUAAACAGGCGUUUUCUUUUUUUAAAACAGUCUUUUAAUGGUUUUAAAGGCAGGUUUUUAGAUUCUGAUGCAUGUAAUUCUGAAGGAAAAUGGCAGCUGUUCUUUUGCUUUUUAAUGGGGGGGUGUCUUUUUAAAUCAAGUACUGAUUGUGUUUAAUCCAUUUUUUAUUUUUAAAUAACUGUUCAAGUUUUAACUCUUCAGAAGCCAGUUGAAUUGCUGGACUGAAAUCGAAUUGGUUAUUUUCAAAGACUCAGGACAAACUAAAUAAGCUAUAGUAGUACAUUAAAAAUGUACACAAAACAUAAAUUGGAAGUAAAACAAGUUUAAGAUAAGUUUACAGGAAUGAUAGUGCUCAUGCUAAUAAAACAGUUCCAUUAGACAUGAAUGUGUAUUUCUUUUUGAAAUUUUACAUUCCUUUGUUUUGGAAAAUUGGCAAACUUUGAAGAGUUAAAAAAAAAAUACCGAAAUGUGAAGUUUGGUAGCUCUAACUGUAUUGUACUUGACUUUUUCUUUCAUUUUUUUUUUAACCGCUUAGAAUUCUUCAUUAUUCUAAUAAGAUUGUUUCCAAGUCUUUCUUAUGUGCAAGCUUUAAAGGGUGCACUCUUGCCAAUUCAUGUACUGGAAGAUCAGUUGUCAGAUUAGUACUUUUUCUGGCAGAAAUGUAAACUGUAUACACUGAUGAACCUCAGCUAAUCAGUAUUACUUUGUAGAUCACCAUGCCUACCACAUUUCAAACUCAGACUGCCUCUAGAUGUCCAAAUGCAUAUUGUUUGAGUUUGUUUGCAUUUCCCUCGGCUUGCUGGUAAUUGUGGUGUUUUUAAAAUGCAGAUGUGAUGUAAUAUUCUUAUUUUCUUUGGAUCAAAGCUGGACUGAAAAUUGUAUUGUGUAAUUAUUUUUGUGUUCUUAAUGUUAUUUGGUACUUAAGUUGUAAAUAACGUCUACUGCUGUUUAUUCCAAUUUCUACUACCUCAGGUGUCCUAUAGAUUUUCUUCUACCAAAGUUCACUUUCACAAUGAAAUUAUAUUUGCUAUGUGACUGAUUCCUAAGACUUCCAGGGCUUAAGGGCUAACUUCUAUUAGCACCUUACUGUGCAAGCAAAUUUUACAGAAAUCUCUGGGUUAAGAAAAUUUGGCUUCGUUGUAUCCUUUGUUAUUUUAAAUAUAUCAAGAUAUUUUAAUUAAAAGUUUUUACCCCGUUGAACCAAUUUUAUAGUAUAAUUUGUACCUAUUUUGGUGUUUUUGUCUUUAUAGUAAAUAAAAGAUUUUGAACAAA